UGGGGCGGGGUGUGGCAAGGGGUGUAGUUAGGAGAAAGAGACUACUCCUGUAGUCAAAGUACGGAGGAAGUAUUACUCAUUACUGUAGGGGAAAUGGGGGGGCGGUUAUUAGGGGACUACAGUGUAGUAGUACAUACGGAUACGAGACUUGUCUUAAUAUUCCGAAAUAGUAUAGUGCCUAUGUCCUUUUGCAGAAACUGUAGUCCGCAAAACAAAAAUCUAAAUGCUUUUUCAUCACGUUCUUCCUGCAUCACCGAAUAUGCAAUAGAAGAAACAAAUAUGUAUACAGAUGAAUAUACAAAUGAACUAGCAAUGUACCAAUAUGAACGUGAACUAGAAUAGGUGGGCAACUAUUAACUAGGGCAUGAUGUAGUUGAUGUUAACAACUGCUGACCAAGAAUCUUGUCAGGAUGAAAGUCGUAAGAUGAACCACAGCAGGACUCUACUGACCAAGAAUACGUCAUAAGAUGAACCACAGGAGGACUGUGUUAACAACGAUUGUGACCUAAGGAAAAUGUACUAGCACAUAGAAAUAAUUUUUCAAUUUGGAAGAUCCAUCUAGGAAAGGAUCGUUUCUCUGAUGAGGUGUCGCUUGUUCUUGUUUUUGUAGCGUCUGUGUUGUCAUGUCGAGAAAAAGGACGAGUGCGACGGACCCGUAGACAAAUGAAUGUACUUCCUUGUGCUUAUGUAGUUUCCUAGAAUUAGAUGAUUACAGUGGAUCACUUGGCAGUUCAAAUUCGUUCGUUCAAUAUGAAUGAACAAAAGGAAUACCAUGUAGAAGUACCUAGUAACUACUUAGAUCACUUUUUCUUCUUUCUUCUAGUUGUUCUGCUCGCGAGGUAGUUCCAUUGGGCUCAAGAAGUGGGCUCCACGCUCCUGCUCAGUCCGUCCCAUUACGAAUCUAGGGAAGGGAAGUCUCAUCUUGCAGAGGAGUCAUUAGAGUACAGCUGUUAGAGUUCUGAAAAGAAUCAAAAUCAGAUCCUGCCGCCUCCACAUCAAUCUGAUCCGCGAGUAGUCCAGCCUGUGCAAACGCACGGGGCUGCAUCGUGGGACGAGCGUGUGGCCUUUCGUCAAGAAGAGUAAUAGAACAACGAGAACAGAAAGACCUUCUUUUAUUAGAGACAACAGAGAAAGGAAAGAAGUCUACGCGCUGCUAGCUAGCGAGUUACCCAUCCGUCUAGUGCCUUUUCUUGCUCUCUCAUGUCUGUAAGGUAGCGUGAGCUUGUGGUUACGCAUAACAAGGCUUGCAGAAGAGUCAGGAGAAUAUAUGAUCCGUCAAAGACGGGACAAUAAUUCUCUACUAACUUGUUUUACGACGUUCUUCAUCUUCUCAGACUUGAUGACCAGAAAGGGUGCGGCAUGAGAUACAUGAGUGACGCUGACCGACUGCGUGGAGGUCUGUUGUCAGUGUCUGUAUAUUGCUGUUCCCUCUUGGUCUGUCACGUCUUGCCGUUGCACUCGUAGUCAGUGCUCAGACGCGGCAAAAAUGCACUCUCCUCUGAUCUCAUGGUUGGCCAUAAGUUACUUAGAAGCCGGACUUCUAGUCAGGGUUCCUAGGUAAUGUCACUAUGGCUCGUUACCGCGUAAGCAGGGAUAGCGAGUAUAUGAGGAGGGUCCUUUUUGCCAAAUAAUCUGACCAAGGAUCGUAUCAGGGGCACCACCAUGGAUGACAUCAGGAGCACGCACAUGACUGGCAGUAUGUCGACAACUAGAAGAAGAAGUAAGAUAGUGACACUGAGUAUUUCGAAAAUGAAUAAAUAACAGAAGUAUUGAUCAUAGAUAUGGACCUGACGUUUUUGAUAUCCACCUAAAAAUGCAAGAUAGAUAGACGACCUUCAACAAUUCAUUGUAGUUUAACAUCAUAGAAAGGAGAACUAGAGAAUUAGAGACAACAUCGAAAGAAAUUGCAAUAUCAUCCUGUAGCCAAUUCAAAAUCAGAGUCACAGUAGCCUAUGAAAACAAAUUCAAGAGCUCAAAUGUUGCCAGUACGAAUCGUUAUAAAUGAUUCACAAAACUACAGUUUAGAAGUGACAAAAUUAAGAGCAGUUGUAACAAACUUGCGUACGACGAACUUUAAUUAAGUAGGUACUAGUCUGAGAAAGUAGCUGCAAAUCUUAUCAACAUGAAAAAUGAACCUCACAGGAUGUUGAUGUUGUAGUUGUAAUAUGUAUGUUAAAAAUGUUUGUUGAGACAUUAUGUUGACCCAUUGUAUGAACGGCAAGUUUAGUACCAGGUUUCUCCAUGACACGAAUAUUCUGAAGAAUAAGAUAAUAUGUGUACAGCAACCGUUUCGCCAACAUCACAGCAAUAAACCUAAGCAAGGAAGAAGAUAUGUUUAUGAAGUAUAUAGACCCUAAGCAAGGAAGGGGUGUCAAUGCCCUGAAAAUAUGAAGUCAAUGCCCAGAGAAGAUAUGUUUAUGAAGUCAAUGCCCUCCCCUAUUUUGUGUACAGCAACCCCCGUUUCGAUCCGAGAAAGUCACGAUGUUGCCCCUAGUACGACUAUUUUCGUCCACGACAUCCCGAAGAACAUCCGCAGAUUCUUUUUAUAACAUAAAUCCAGAUUCUGACCAGCAACAUCUGACCAGCAACAUCAACAGCAAGUUCGUGAAGUCAAAGUGGAAACAAAUUCAUUCAUUCAUUUACCUGUUCUGGAGGUAUCUUUUGACGCAUAAGCGACACAUAACCUAACUAUUGC